AUGUCUCAAUUGAAUGAUGGACCCAAUCCUCUUGCCCUUGCCGACAGCCAUCUUCCAUCGCGGCCAAAUGCCGAUUCCAGACCUCCAACUUCAAUACUUCCCAGGUCAGACACCAAAAUUAAUAUCACGUCGCACCAAAUAUCAGCCAUCGAUAUUACCGAAUCCUUUACUGCAGCGUCCUCUGCCUUGAAUACGGGACAACUGGUCAAGGAUGAAUACUUCACGCUUUUCGAAGCUGUCGGAGCUCUCGAGAUCAUGGACUCGAAGAUGGAUAGUGGCCAUCUCGCUCCAGGAGAGACCCUUGAGGACGAGUAUAAUGUCCUCCGAAACCUGUUGCCUGAAGAAGUCAUUGGCAUAAUGGAUCAAAUCCUAUGUCAUGAAGUUGCAUGGCACAUCGGCCAUCCACUGUCACAAACUCUUUUCACCUGCUUGUAUGUUGAACGACUUUUAUGGCCAGAGCCCAAGACGCUCGAAGAGGCUCAAUUCUCGCGCGACUUGAAUUCUCGGUCCGAUAAUCCACUUCUGAAUCGAGUUUUGCGAUCCUAUUGUAUCGCAACCAUCAAAGCAUGCCAUUUCGUGCAUUGUAUGGUCACGGGAGAAAGCUAUUACGAGGAAGAGGACUUCACUUCUCAACUCUAUCAUCGAGAGCUUUUACCCAAGGUAUCAAUUGCGGAAAUACAGACUUUACUAGAUGAAGCUCUUUCAUACAACGACACCGCAAGCAUUUCUCCAGAGUCAAAGAAAGCGAUAGAAAAGCGCUUGCAGUUCCGCCGAUCAAUCCUCGACGCAUUGGAACAGGACACUUUCCCCUUGAAUGCUGGAAGGACACCCUCACUUUCUUGCAUUCCAUUACUACAAGAUAUAAAGGCUUCAUCACAACUUGGUAAACCCGUCAAUGAGGCCUUUAGCACAAAGAUCCAGCGCACUCUUGCCAGCAGCGUUCCUCCUCGUCCAAUGGUGACCAUUAAGUUGUCGGACGCUCUCGCCCAUUUUGAGACGCUCUGCAAUGAUGCCACAGAUGUAGGCCAAAUCCUUGCAACCAAGACCAGCGAAGAACUGUCUACUGCCAUCUGGGUUUUCAUGUCGCGGAUACCACAGCCAAGCGUAUACAUCCGAGCACUCGUGCAAUCAUUCCUUCUCGAUCGAGAGACGCAGCGAGUACUUGGCAAAACAACAACUAAACAGUUCCUGUUUUCAAGCAUUGCAGCCAUAGUCCUGCCCAAAAGCCCAAUACUUGAAGCAGCAAAUGAUAUGGUUGAAUCCGCUACAAGUCCACGGUUUCAAAUGGCUCGACUUCUCGCUGAAUUCGACGGCAAGGCUGGCCAGCAGUAUAUCAACAUCUUCCGCAAUGCGUGUCUGAACCGAUGCCGCACUCGACGUACACUUUGCCAUCUAGUCUUGGACUGGGACACUCUUCAGGCGGAUGCAGAAGACAUCGAUGGAACCCUGCAAACAUAUACCAAGGAGAAACCUGCUUUGUAUGCGUCCCAUCAGCCGACCUACUCGUAUCCCCUUAGUAGUUGGGUAUAUCACCACAAGUUGAAUCAUCUCCGCCAGAUCAUACAAAUGGGGUUUGAACUCUCGAUCUAUGCACCGGACGAGAUUUCUGGGAUGUACUGGUUUUUGUCUUAUAUCUGUGCUACGCAUAUCUCCCACAUCGAUCGCAUAAGCUUUUUCUUGGAAAGAGACAUGCUCGCACAAGAAGCUCUUUCUCAAAACUCGGAUGCACCAGAAAAGCCAGAUGUCAAGGAUCAGGCAGAUUAUCAGAAGACAUUAAAGAGUCUUUUCCGCAUAUACACGCACCUGAAAGCGACAGACGCGUUUUCGAAGGCUCUACAUGCUCUACAUACACUCCUGUUAAGACACAAAACAAUCGAGGUACCCCAACGUCCAUAUUCUAGUGACAAGCUGAGAUAUGAACUCAGAAUGAAACCAUUCCUCAGCCUGAACGUGCCAGAGCCGGUCACUUUCGAAUCCUUCCGAGAAGAGUCAUCAUGCACGGCUUUGAGUGACGAGGAAGUUCUGGAAGAAGCAAGAAUGAGGAUUGGAGAUGCGAAGAAGUUCUGGGAGGAAGUUCUGAAAGCAGGCUGGUCUGCCGAGCUCGCCGAGAACCCAGAGCUAAAUAGGUCGAGCAAGGAGGGGAAAACAGGGAAGACGGAGAUGCAGAAGGGAAGUACGACCAUUGAAGGUGAGUGGAGUGAAGGUGUGAAGAACGUGAUACGAGCAUGUAUUGCAACCAGCAUUUCGAUCGUGACAUUGAAGAAGAGGCUGGACGAAACAGGAGGGUUGAAAGGCAUGAAAGUCAUGGUUCCAGUUCCAGGAGAGAAGGGCUGCUGGCAUGAAUGGUGGAUUGUACCGAGAGUCUUGACUGUAUGA